GGUGCUGCUGACUCCUCGGGUCCUGGACCUGCUGGGUGGAGGAGACUGCAGCGAUGGAGGUGCCAUUGAUGCCUACCUGAAGAGACGGGUCCUGGCCUACCUCGAUGACAGCACAGAGGAGGACAAGGCUGACGGGUAGAAACAAUAUCUGGGGAGAUUUCCCUGUUGGCCCAGGCGGUUGCCAGCCUUCACCUCUUUGUCAGAGUAACUGGACAGGUCCCCCUGUCACCAUCCAUGUCCCUGACCUGCUGGCCCAGGCCCUGCUAUCCUCAUUCACUGAGCCUGGGGCCCUGACCUCAGCCCUGCUCGGCAGUCUUCUACUGGAUGGAGAGUCUGUGUACAGACUGGUGUGGAACCCCUUCCUGCUGCUCGCCAGCAUCAAACUGGUCAACUAUGCUAUCAAGCUGGACAGCCUUCAGUAAUGACGUGUGAGCCGCUGUUCUCUGAUGGAACCCUCCAGAACUGUCCAUCCAGUUCCACCAUGAAUGUGGCUUCACCUCUCUGACCUACUAUGAGAACAACCCAGCCAAGGAGCACUUCCAACGGGCCAAGGAACUCUCCUAAUUGGCCUAGAGAUGAACAUGAUAGCAGAACUUCCUUGCCCAGCUGAUCCUGGAUGUCAAGAGUAAGGAGGAUACCCCAGCUCCCGAGCUAGACGUUGAGCUGACCCUCUCCCCCGCCCCACUGGCCUGCCUG